AAUUUUCUCCAUAAGGAAGAGCAGCCCUCCCCCCAGACCGGAGAUAAAGCGAGGGGGGUGGGGGGAGUCCUGGGGACAUGGAGGAGAAAGCGGACACGGAGGUGGAGGAGGCUGGUCAGGUCUUCCUGCUGAUGAAGAAAGAUUACCGAAUCUCCCGCAAUGUCCGUCUGGCUUGGUUCCUUACAAAUCUCCACCAAUCCAUAUCUCCAGUCACUGAAUCUGAGCUGGGGCCACACGACCUGGAAGUGGUAAGUGUCAUUCCUCACGGGUGGCAGCCCGAUGAGCCCAUCCAGCCCGACCCGUAUCUUUUAGUGCCAACAACGUGGGUUACUUUCCUGGCACGGCGGUACCGCUUUGUGAUUGAGCUGGACCUCAGCCCUUCUACAGGGAUUGUGGAUGACUCCACGGAGGAGAUCAUUUUUGAUGAAAUCUUCCAUUCCCUCUCACGUUGCCUACUGGGGCUCCUCAGGCCGUUUCGUGUCCCCGGAUCUAACAUACUGUUCCGCCCUGAAAUCUUUGUGACAAUCCAGGCAUACUCCUCUAUCAUCGGACUGCAGAGCCAUCAGGUGCUGGUUCAGGGGUGUCAGCUGGAGGAGCAGAAGCUGCCGGAGUUCCUCCAACACGUGUACCUACAGCUCGGGACCUUUGAGAAUAAGAUCGCUGAGAUGCUGCAGCAACAGUACCGGCCACUCACUCAGGAUUGCUUACCUCAAUACGGAAAUCAACAAUCCGGCAAAAAGAUGGGCGUUUCCAUGGUGACUGCCGACAUCGGCUUAGUUAGUAUGAUACGGCAGGGGAUCCUUGCCUUACAGCUGCUACCUGCCAACUCCAGUGCGGGAAUUAUUGUGAUCACAGACGGGGUCACCAGCGUCCCAGACGUGGCGGUCUGCGAGACUUUGCUGAACCAGCUGCGCAGUGGAACCAUAGCCUGCUCUUUUGUCCAGGUUGGUGGUGUAUACUCCUAUGACUGCAGCUUCGGUUACAUCCCUAACGUAGAGUUGAUGAAGUUCAUUGCCAUGGCAACCUUGGGAUCCUACCUCUCUUCCUGUCCUGAAGUAGAGACUGGACAGGCGGACAUGAAUGUUUAUCACAAAGCGUUCCUGCCGUAUUCCUUCCUGCGCACGGGGGAGGCGCUGAAUCCUGAGUAUUACUGCGGCUCCCAGCACAAACUGUUCAAUGAGCACCUGGUGUCGGCAAGCAGUAACCCCGCACUCGCCACACGGCGGAGGAAGCAUGCAGAGAAGGAGCUGCAUGCCGACAUUGUCAGCGUGGUAUCCGUGAGGCUCCGAGAAGGGUACAGCAUUCGGGAGAUCCGCAUUACAAAAGCUUUGCUGGAGGUAAAACUGGUUCUGCUGUGGAAGCAUAACAUGCGCGUUGAGUACCUAGCAAUGGCGGCGUGGCCACUGGAUGCCUCCAAGCGCAGCACCAGGGUGGAGGUCGUAAUGGAAGGGAGCUAUGAUAUACUGCACGAUAUCAGCUGCACGCUGAAGAAACCCAUCACCAGCAUUUACAGGACCAGCGUCAUACGGCGAUUCUGGUACACCCUCCAGAGCAUCAGUCAGACAGAUCAGAUGUUGGUACAUCUCAAGUCAUUUGACACUGUGCCCGAGCAUUACAAAAUCCCAGAGAGCACCAAGAACGGGGUGCCCCUCUUCUAUAUCCCACCUGGAUCCACAACCCCGGUGUUGUCACUGCAGCACAGUGACUCUGACUCCUGCCAUUCCCAGUUUGCCUCUUACUGGAAGCCGAUUCUCUCAAUGGAUGCCAACGUCUGGCAACGCUGGCUGCAUGUGCACCGCCUUGUGUUACUCCUGGAACACGACAUGCCUGUUCCUAAGCACCUCCAUACCCCGGGGAACAACGGGCGAUACAGCACAGUUCUCUGCCGCAUCUCUCACACAGCCCUCACUUCCCUGUUACGAGACUGGAGCAGCUUCGUGCUGGUGGAGAGUUAUUCCUACGUCAAGUUAAUGCUGAGUGAUGUCAGUCAGACCCCUGCCUCAUUCUGCGUAGUGCGGAUCAUCUGGAAAGCUCCCUGCAUGGUGCUCAGGCUGGGAUUUCCUCUGGGAACUCCCGCAAACUGCAGAAACCAGAUCGUGGAGGAGCUGAGGGACCGGAUUCUUCAGCUGCGCUUCCCCCAGAGGGUGCAGAGCAAAGAGACCACACCCCGAGUGAAGAGGAAGAUGUUUGGCAUUAGCUCCCCUUCUAAGUCUCCACCACCACAGGUGCCACCGCCAGCCUUUUCGGACCGCUGCUGCCUGGUCUUACUGCACAAACCGCUGGAGAAGCUGCUCAUCAAGUAUGAUAAGCUGCCUCUGGAUUACCGAACCCCAUUCAUCCUGAACCUGGAAAGUCUGGCACAGCACACUUCAGUGCCCGGACCCCCCAUUACCAACCGCUCUGCCUCCUCCACACUGGCAUCGCUCUCCCGCUACUUCUACCAUCAGAGGUGGAUCUGGUCUGUGCAGUCAAGUCUGACGGCCACGGUGCCCAUCAUGGCCAUGGCACAGAUCCUCUCCACUCUUACAGAGAUCCGACUCUCGGAGGGCUUCCACUUUGCUUCUAGUGGAGAAGGGAUCAUAAACAUGGUCUUGGAGGUCCCCAUUCAGAGUGAUUCUGUAGGUGAAGGCAGUAUAGAGAAACACAGCUGUAUCAUCCAGUACAUUCUCUUUCCUCCACACGUGACCUCUACCAAGGACAGCUUCUCCACGGAUGAGGAUAACGACACAGAGGUGGAAGCCAUAGAACAGGACACGGAGCUGCACUUGGUGUCUGAGUGUUGGGUGGAGCCGCAGAUUGGCUACGUUAUGGGGACCUGCGAGAGCUGGAAACACCUACACGGCCUUACGUACUCUGAGAUUCCACAAGCACUAUUCCCCCGUGAUCAGAGCUGUAUCGGCGUCAUGUUAACUUUUGAAUACAUCGUACAGCUCUGCCGAAACAAAGAUGGCAGCUCCCCCACCCUGGCUAAAACUGAGAGUCCAGACCCCCCAGAGAGCAGUGGUCUGUGCAUUCGGGAGGUCCCGUUUCACUUUGGAUUGAUGAAGCUGCUGCCUAAAUGCCAACAGAUUGAGAUGUUCUUUUUGACGCUGAGUAGAGCGGAGACAGAGAGCCAGGCGACAGAGGCCUCUCUGCCCAAUGAUAUGCUGCUCAACUUAUUUCACAACUGCCUUCAGAGUGACCUCAACGAUCAGGAGAUUCCACUUGACGGUCAGGACCACCUGACGUUCAUGGAGCACGUUCUACAGCGGGAUCGCGAGGGAAAUCCAGCACCAUUCUCAUUUUCCCAAGAGGGAUCUUUGAGAAGCUCUGUCCCCUCCGAGGCUGCAGACUCUUCCUCUUCCUCACAUGUUAGUCACCGCGAGCCUUCAAAUUCAACCAGCACUGUACAGAGUCCAUGCCCCGUAGAAGAGAUGGAUGACAGCAGAGUUUUGUCCAGCACCGAGGGGCACCCGCAGUGGCGCUGCUAUGUCCGGUUGGUGAAUCCACAGCAUCUGCUGCUGACGUUCCUCCCAGCGACCUUCUCUGACGUACAGAAGCUGACGACUCCUCCAGAUGUUUCCCUGUCCUCAGCGGAAAAUUCCGUAUGCAGCGCCUCUACAUUAGCAACCCCACAAUCUAGCGCUGGAAUUCCCACACUGAGCGUCACUCCCGCAGUGGGUAAUGGAUAUGAGGUAGAGCACAGGAGGGAAACGCACAUCUCCUUCAGCCGGCAGUCGUCUCUACAAGACAUGAGCGCUGGCCGCCGCCUGCGCUGCCCGGUGUAUGUGUAUAAUUGCCCUCUGGAAGCUCUCCGGGAGCAGCUAGUCAGUCCUCGGCAGCAGAGAUUGUCCUGUGACGUCUUUUUUAGCGAGUAUAAGCAGGAGUCAGUAUCGUGGGGAAUCUUUCAAGAAUUGAAAACCAGGUCUUCAUCACAGGAGCGGCCGUCUGCAAGUACUUUUAUACACCACAGGCAAAAGGAACUCGUCAACUAUUGCAACUUGCUCCAGGAACACUAUCACCAGUGCUAUGUAAAAGGCUUGUUCAAGGCUCUGCAGCAAUCUCUGUGGGUGUCCCACCAAGAUCUCCUGACAGCGGUUGAUUAUUGUGAGGAGCAGCUGCAGGAGAUAGACAUCACCAACUUCCUGAUGACCCUUUGCGGGCACCUCCACAGCUUCCGAGAGUCACAGCCGGUACCCGGUUGCUCUCACAGCGGUCGGCCACCCAAAGCUAGCUUCCGUAUCGGCAGCCUAGAGCAAGAGGAGGAGCUGAGUGCCCGAGACAGUUCUGUGUUGCACUCCGAGUCCAGUGUGGAUAUAGAGGAGUGCGCUGAACAAGAAGUCCAUGAAGUGUCUAUUCCAGAACCGAGCAGUCAUUCAGAUUUCCAGCUGUCUCUUUUGGAAACCGGGCAGCCAUGUGAGGUGUCUCCAGACCUCCACAGAAUCAUCCAGGAUAAAUUUCUUGCCAUCGGAAGUCUUCAUUUCAAGACCGUGCCAUCGAACCCUCACUAUUUCUUCUUCUGUCCAUCUUCUCAGAGGAGAGAGGAGGAUACCACCCGUGAGGCGGAAGAUAGAAAGACCAGUGAGGACAUGGAAGCCUCAGAAGCGGAACAGGCCAACGAGGAGGGUAAUAUAUCGACAGGGGCCAUCACCACUGAGAGCGACUCCGACCUGGAGGUUGAAUAUCGAGAGCAUUCGGAUAACGCAGAGUCCUUGUCGGGAUCGGAGACGGUGAACCAAGAUGACGACUCCUUCAGCGUGUUGGGAGGGGACUCUCUGAAUGGCCAAGACCUUUCAGAACAUGAGAUGCCUCCUCUCUUUGUGCACCUCAUCUGCUCUGUGACCAAUAAGAAUCAGCAUGGAUCCAUGCCAGUGCUGACGCUGCCCACCUGCCUUGGUGAAGUUAUCGGCUGCCUGGAGAACAGCGAGACGCUGCAGAGCAUCUCGCUGGCCGAUCUGAGCGUCAUGCUGGACAUAUACGUCCUGACAUUACCACUGGAAAUUGAUGGGGUAAACGAAGACUCACAGCACACCCGGUACACCUCCGAGAGCAGCGUUUCCUACCCUCGCUCCCCUGCACUGCCAUCCUCCUACCGCUCCGACGAGGAAAUACCGCCUACGUUGGAGAGAUUCCUGUCCAAUGGGGACCAGAGGUUCUCUGCCUUAUCCCGGCUUCCAGCAGAACACAGGCAGGCCAUAGAGGUUACCAUGAGUGAGAUCCGCUGGCUCCUGGAGGAUGAGCUGGUGUCGGCCCUGCGUCACUCCCGCCUCAUCACUCGCUCCGUCUUACAGAAGGUCCUUUCCCAUGUCUGUGAGUCAAAGCAGCGGCCGCACUGCCACAGGGAACUGGUGAAGCUCCAGUUUGUGUUUGGCCCAGAAAAAUCCCUAGAGAGGUUUAAAGAGGAGUUUCACCGCCUGUCCCUGCCGGGCUACCAGCUGAACGAGGAAGAGGAGGAUUAUUACUACGUCUCUCUGAACCGGCUGCAUGCCCAUAGAGUAGAGAACGUCGGGUCACAACAUCUUAAUGUGCAAGGACAGUCACCCUGGCAGGACUCCGAUGGUGGUACUGCCACUGAAAGUGUAGAGGACGACAUUGAGCCCAAAAUGCCACCAAAGAGUUGUCUUUCUGUAGACAAGAUGGAAGAGGAUGCUGGUGAAUGGGCGGCAUCUGCUAUGGAGGUGUCCGAUAGCGACGUGUCUUCCGUGAUUUCGGGGAUCUGCACCUUGGACCAGGGGGGCAAAGCUGCUAUUGAAGCUUCUUUGGCUGACCGAGUCCUCACGCCACAUAAAACGUCCUCUAUGGUCAGCCUCCCCGAAUCCGUGCAGUCCUCCACCGUGACUAGCACAGGUGGGUCUCGGCCGCGUCCCAGUCGUGUCCAGAGCCUGGUCUCCAGUCAUGGCAGUAUGGACUCCGACCACUUAGGGUACGACGCUGGCAGCAGCGACUCGGAGUGUGAGGACGCACUCAUUAGUGAGCAGGAUUCACGCUCUCCGGUGAUGCCAAAGUUUUGGCUUAUUGUGAAGAUUCACCAAGACUGGGUGGAAGUGUGCACUCACGCCAGUGCCGGGGCUGCCCGGGAAGUGGAAGAGCUAGGGGAGAGUCAGCGGCUGCACCAGCUGGUGGUGAGGAAAGUGGGAGAGAUCUGCCGUGUGGUCAACCAGCGUCUCCUGCUACAAAAUCUCCAUGACACUCACCAGUGCCACAAUCUGCUGGUGGCAGAGAGCGAGGAUGAUCUGUGGAAGAGUGAGAGUCCCUACACAUCCAAGUGGCAGAGGAUGGUCACUAAUGAAGAUUACCCUGGAGAGGAGGACUACCUGGCCGCCACCAUGCACUUCAUGCCAGGAUACUUUGCCUGCGACGUGGUGUGGAGCACGGUGAUACACAUCCACCCCCGGCUUAAGAUGGGACCCAACCUGAGAGCCCUCCAGUCCCUGCACUCCGUCCUCAGUGCCUUCUCCGUUAGCAACAGGAAGAACAUGUUUGUAUAUCAGGAACGUUCCACCAAAUCAGUGUUCUAUCUCCGACUCUCUGAGACCUCCGGCAAUGGCCGGCUGUGGGAAAUGGACUUGUCCCAGUCAAUGAUGUCACGUUCCUUAGCUCUAUCUCAUAGCCAGGAGCCAGCUUUCUCAGACGAUAUGAUGGGCAGCCGUUUGUCUUUGGACCUGUCCUCUUCACGAAAUUCAGACUCUGGAAGACCGGUGGGGCAGAUAGAUAAGCAUAUUCUGCUCUUGGUGCAUGGCGUUGGAGAAGCAGGCUCUGAAAUCACUGAUGACUUGGUGAAGGUUCUAAGGAAGCGUCUUGAUGAGACCACAUUAGACAUUAUUACUGUCAUGCUGCAGCGGAACUGCAAACUGACGCCAGCAGAUGUGGAGUUUAUCCAGCCCAGAAGAACAGCCCCAACUGAAGUGCUGCUGUUUACAAUCCCACAAUCCUCUCUGCCGUGUCUUCAAGCUAUGGCCUACUACUUGCGUCAGAACCUGCUCAUCUUUCUCCAUACACCCAAGUACACCGAUAGUAAUGGAGAACAUCACUUCCAGCAUUAUUAUCACAACUCCCUUCCGGAACUGGACCUGUUCUUGUAUAAUAAGCCUGGAGGACAAGGCACAGGAGGGAAAGGGAUUGCCUGCAUUGCGCUUUCAUUUGUGGAUCAGCACGGGGCGCUGGUGACGCAGGCGUACGGGCAGCGUUCCGGACCGCCUCUUGUUUGCCCCUCUACAGCGUCUCAUCUGCUCAGCUUCAGCACAUUUGAGUCUCUGACUAAAGUCAGCAGGUUUAUGCCGGAUUCCAGUGCCGACACUUCAGCUUCCCUUACCUUAGUGCGCUUUGACAUUUGGGAGAAGGGCAACAUCAGCUCCUCCCAGUUAUCCGAGCGGCUCUCCAAUUCGCUGCGCCACGCGCUCUGUGAUGUCAUCAUCGAGUUUCACAUCCUGCAGAUGCCCCUCUGUGUGGAUCCCGUGGGCCCCGCCGAACAGGAAGUUGCAAUAAACGGAAAGGGCCCAACCCAGUCGCAUCCUGAUACAAGGGAACUGACUACGUCGUCUAACAAAUCCUGCCCUUCCCCGAUUAGCCUCCCGCCAUCCGUGUCGCAAUCUGGCACAGACCCAAGCACCCCUCCCAGUAAAACCGGGCGCAGGAGCUUCUGGGAUAUGCUGAGUAAACCGGACAAUGCUGAGCUGGGACCCCCGAAAACCACCGACGAUAUAGUUUGUGAACGCACAGAGGAACCGCGGACAAGGCGGCGGCAUAAGACGGAGAGUCUUAAGGUCCCAAGUUGCCCUGACAGGCCUGGUAUCCGCAUGGAGCACGCACAGAGGAAGCGCCAGGUACAGCUGGAGGAGGGCGAAGUGGGCUUCCUGCACCCGUUAUACAGUCAGACUUGUCUACAGUGGAUGAAUUUCAUGAAUCAGCUAGGCUGUCCGUCCAUCCAGCUCUGCUCCGCUCAGACGGUGUCCCGAUUUCUCCUUCCCUCCGUUCUGACUGAGCUCUUCAAUGUCAUCACGUCUCUGGCCAGUGACACCAAUGUCAGAGUGUUUGAAAAAACCAUUGGCUCCGAUGGACCAGUGUUUGUGCCUUAUUCUGCCAACCAGCACAGCCCAGCUCGACCUGCAGCUGCCCGCGAGAUGAUCCUGCUGGGGCGGAACUUCCGCCAGUGGAGAUACAGCACUGAACAGGUGUAUUCAAGUGAGGAGGAGGAGGAGGCGGAGGAUGAGGAUAAGGAAAAAAAUAAUGAUGAGGGCUGCAAGUUGGACAGGUCUCAAAAAGGAUUCCAACGCUUUGAGGCCAUGGAAUUGAACUCCGUUGAGCGACCUUUGGACAUAUCCACUUCAAUCUGUAGUUUAAUUCCCCGGCAGAGGUUCCUGUUGAUUGAAAUACAGGACAAAAAGCUGACCCUGUACACCUACAACUGGUCCUCCGACCUGGGGGCAUCACUGAGUCGUUCCCUGGUGCGUUUAAUCCAGUGGCAGAAUGCUCGGGCUCACGUGGUGCAUUGUCUCCUGAGCCAGAAGUUAGGGCUCUUCCAUCACUACUGUUUCUCCGACACCCCUUGGCACGAGGAUAGUAAGCAGGAUCCCAACCCGUUCCUAAACUCCACUUUAGAGGUCGAUGCCCUUAUCAGAAGCUCUACGCCACCGCCUUACAAAGAGCAGACGCGGUUGGGAAACUCUGCCCGCAGCCUCCCGAGCUUACACUUUCCCCCGGACAUUGUGCCUUUCGAUGAGGUUCUCAGGGAUGUCAUGCCUAUUAAACCCCUGCAUCUCUCCCCUGAGGUGGACACAGUGUCAUGCCAUGGAGCUCAGUUCUUGGAGAUUAAAAGCACGGAACGAAGAGAGAUGGAGAAACAGCUUAAGAUUGAAAACCUCUUUGUGACGUGGCAGCAGAGGUCAGCCCAGUCUAAUAUGCCAAUCAGUGCUGCAGACUUAGACACCCUGAAACAGUCUGCUCGGCUGGUUCACUACUGCGCCACCCCUCUGCUGUUUGAUCCGUCGUUCCAAGCGCAACUACAGAGCGACCAGAGCAGGAGUGAGGGCAAGAAACGACACCAAUCUAAUGACUCUGGUGCGUCCGGCAGAGAUCGCAGUUACAGCUGCGACUCGAACGAUAUGCCGAUCAGCAAAGCGAAGGAGGAGCCGUGGCUGCAGGAGCUAUGCACGGCAUUUAUGCAGCAGUACAUCCAGUACCUGCAGAGCACCGGCUUUAUCCUGGUACAGCUCCGCCCUGCCUCUCCCAUCCGCAGCACGGCACGUAUUAGACCUGCGACCUCAUUGGCCCUGGAAAACAGAACCUCCAAGCCCAAAACUGAGGGUAGCCCUAAGAGUACAAUUUCUACAGUUACCACUUACCACCUGCAGAGGGCGCUACCUGGAGGAAUCGUGCUAAUGGAACUUUCCUUCCAGGGAUGCUAUUUCUGCGUGAAGCAAUAUGCUCUGGAAUGUUCCCGUAUACCAAUGGGCCAGUCUGUCAACUCACAGGGCACACACUCCAUCCGAAAUAAUUGCAAGAGUACCGCUGAAAGUGCCUCCGAGUCUGCGUUGUCCAUGCUUUUCACAGAGGAGUGUGACAAGGUCCGUGACCUAAUGCACGUCCAUUCCUUCAGCUACGAUUUCCACCUCCGAGUCCUACACCAGUAUCUGCUAGGUUCCAGCAUGUGUUUACGCCAGGGAUACGACCUUUCAAGCUUCCUACAGCUCUUCAUCUCCCAGCACCCUGAUAUCCCCAAAUAUGGACGCAACCACGUGUAUCAGGGAAUGUUGUCUGUUCCCACGGAGAUCAUCGCUGCCCAUCAGCUGUACAAUUACAUAGCGGAUCAUGCAAGCACUUAUCACAUGAAGCCUUUACGGAUGGUUCGCACCUCUCUUCUUGGGAGUAACGGAAAGAAAAGCGUAGCUGGAGAACAAAACGAGUAUGGCUUGGUCUCCAUCUGGAACAGCUCGGGCUCGUACAAGGACUCAGAGGGUGCCCGACACCACGACGAUUUUGACGUUUCAUUGUUGGUGUGCCACAGUGCUGUGCCGUUCGAGGAGCAAACAGAGCAGGAGAGACACUUCCUGAGACUUCGCUUCUAUGUCAUCAUGACGAGCCAGCGCGAGCUCUUUCCACGUCUUACAGCUGAUAUGCGUCGCUUCAAAAAGCCACCGAAGCUUCAGAGGGAUGCACAGGACCUGGACGGAGAGCCGGAGCUUGAAAAGUGCCAAAGAGUGGAGCUAGAGAACCAGGAAGAUGUCCUAGAGGGAGAGCCGGGAAGGAAUGGUUCCGGCACCCUGUGUAAUCCACAUCUGUUCCCGCUGCUGGGUACAGAAGUGAGCGCCGCUAAAAGACAGCUGAUUGAGAUGGUGCAGCUCGCAAAGUGCCAUUGCCGCAGAGAUAACCUGUGGAAACGCCUUUACCUCCUGGAGCCACUCUCCUCCGACAAACUGCGGCUGGGCAAGCUCAGCUCCAGUGAACUAAAGGAACUACUUGACGCCGUGCACGGGAGGAGUGUGGCAGAGAUCGACCCACAGCUGGAUUUCCUCCUCUCAAUGAGUGUUCAGUGGUAUCAGAGUCUUAUCAAAGUCCUGCUGAGCCGCUUUCCCCAGAGCUGCCGCCACUUUCACAGCGCAGACAGCAGCACCCAGUACCUGGUGGUCCUCAAUCAGAAAUUCACGGAUUGCUUUGUGCUGGUAUUUCUAGAUACGCAUUCGGGUAAAACGAGCCUGAAGGUCGUGUUCCGAGAGCCGUUUCCGGAGCAGCCACAGAACAGCGAGAGCCCUUUACCUCAGCUGGUGUCCACGUACCACCACCUGGAGUCUGUUAUAAACACCGCCUGCUUCAACCUGUGGAGCGGCUUGCUCUGACGCCCCCUUCCCCGCUCAGCACCCGCAAUUACAUUAGAUCGGCACCUGGAGAUUCUGUGACCUCUGCAUUCUGCUUAGGGAGCGGGUUGUUCUGACGCCGCUGCUCAAUUAAACAAACGCACAGCGAUAGUGCUGCAUUUGGCCUGUGAAACUCAAGAGGGCAAAUAUUUGUUUUGGUAGCGCAUUCUGGAAUUCUAAAGCGCAGCAGCCUGUAGGAUGGAACCGGGAGGAUAGCGAAAUGCUCCAGACAUCAUAAUAAAUGGACUUUAUGAAAAAUGAAAGUUUCACUUUCCCGUGAAGCAACAAAAUGGAACCAUAUGCUGCUAAACUUCCGCUUUUCAUCAUCACGAGAGGAAACGGAGUGACUGGUAACCUGGCAUUAAGAAGCCGACAGAGUUCCUGUUACAAACUAUUUGUUUAUUUUAAACUUAAACCUGAAGAAGCCCAAUUUUGGAGGUAAUUACAAGAUGUAAGAUUUUAUGUAAAUGAUAUGUAUAUGUAAUAGAAAAAUCUUAAUUAUUUGAAUAAAUUGAAAGUAUCUUAUACGAAUAA